CUGUUUGGCUUUUGGUUGGUUUUCUUUUUUUUUUCCUCCCCUUCUUUGACCCCGGGCUCCCAUAAAGUGGGAGCUGGGGGCAGAGCGUGUAUUUUCGGAGCGACCGGCGGCCCUUAAACCGGGAUGCCUCUCCCCAGGGCGCUGCUGCCGGCGCUGCUCCUAGGGCUGCUGUGGCCAGGGGCUGUGCGUGGCCGGUCGCCCCCAGGUCGCCUCCCCGCCGGGUCCCACCAGCGCCGCUGGGACACGGCUCUUUUCGCCCGCUCCGUCGCUCGCCUCCCGGCUGAGCGCCACGAUGCCGCCCGCGACGGCGACUACCUCCUGGGCAUCAAACGGCUGCGGCGCCUCUACUGCAACGUGGGCAUCGGUUUCCACAUCCAGGUGCUGCCCGACGGCCGCAUCGAUGGGAUUCACAGCGAGAAUCGAUACAGUCUGCUGGAAAUUUCUCCUGUGGAAAGAGGUGUGGUGAGCAUAUUUGGUGUCAAAAGUGGACUCUUCGUGGCCAUGAAUAGCAAAGGCAAACUCUAUGGAUCUACCCAUUUCAAUGAUGAGUGCAAAUUCAAAGAGAUUCUCCUGCCAAACAACUACAAUGCUUACGAAUCCAGGAUUUAUCCCGGGAUGUACAUAGCCCUGAGCAAAAAUGGAAGAACAAAGAAAGGCAAUAAAGUAUCGCCCACAAUGACAGUGACACAUUUUCUUCCUAGAAUUUGAGACAUCUCCCUUCAGACCUACCUCAGCACAGGGGAAGACGCAGAACAGAACACCUUUGGGGAAAAGAAACAUGGUGCACUUUUACUGAAGAGUUUUAUGCAAGAGUAGGUGUAAGAUAUUUAAGUUAAUUAUUUAAAUCUGUAUAUAUUGUCACAAAAUUUAUUUAUAGUUACUUUUUAAAAAAAAUUUAAUCUCUGAAAACAAAACAAACCUCCAACCCAAGGUCUUUCAUUUCAUGGUGCAACAGUAGAAGUCUUCUGCUUUGUGGUUUAUUUAAUUCAGUUGAGUUAUCACAGGUGUGCUGCUACUCCAUGUCCUAAACCAGGUGACAUCCAAUUCCUCUCUCCCAAAGUUUUGCACUGUUUGUGCGUUGCUCAGUGUUUAUUGCUGUAUAGGUGUGAGUUUUGUUUGUUUGUUUGGGUUUAAUGGUGGCUUUGUCCUCCCCUGAACGUUUUCCAAGCUGUCGGUGGCUCCCAGUGCGGUUCCUGGCCAGGAGCAGGAGGUGCCAGGGUGGGAUGCCAGAUGCCAGUGUGGAGCCACAUGCAGUGCCUGAUCCCCUUUGCUAUUUCACUGCAGUGGGAUUGGUUUAUCCCGGCACAGGAGCACGGUGCUGCACAGCUACCCCACAAAUCUGUUUCUAAAUCCACCAGCGCUGAACUUUGAACUGCCCUGCAGUCCAUCUCCUCAGAGAGGCUGAAAUGCCUCAGCCGGCUCAGCAGGGCUGGGGUUUUCUCUGCAAAAAAACCCUGUCCCUUAAUGGGAGCUUUCAUUUGGCACCAUUGCUUGGCAUGAGGCUAAAAUACAACGUCAGUCCCUCCCCCAGCAAAUGCACUGUGGAACACACGACAAUGAACCAGCUCUACUUCACUCUAACCAAAUUCCCUUUCUUAUUUGGAGACCACAUUCAUUUUUCAAAGUGUGGGGAGCUCUAUAACACUCCUAAGUUUUCUACAAGGGAAAAAAAUUUGCUGGAUUGUAGUAAACACUAGCUCCACAGAAAAUAUUUAGAUUGAUGAUGACGAAUUGAGGUUGGGUUUUAUUAUUUUUGCUGCAGUAUUUGGAAGGAGAAAUAUGCUGCUUUUUUUUUUCUGUCUCAUUCCCUGACGAAGUUGGUUAAUUUCUACCUCACUUACUCUCAAAGCCAGUCUCAUAACAAAUUCUGCAUGGCAGGAAGGUGCCCACUUUCCUGCUUGGGCUUAAAGUUCUGGAGGAGGGCCUGGGGAACAAUCAUAAUCCCAAAUCUCUCUUUUUUCCAUAUGUAGCCAAAAGUAUUCAGGAUAGAGUCGGUUGCAUCCUAUUUGAGCCUUGUCACGUUUGAGCUAUCUUUACCCAGUGGUUUACUUUUAGUAAGGGUAAUCAUGGUGAAAAUAUUUGCAGGCAGCUGUCAGGCUGCAGUAUUAUAUUGUGAUGAAGUAAUCCUAUAUUUUUCCUUAUCUAUUUUGCAAGUGUAACUCAUGUCUCUAAUGUGAUGAAGGAAAAGAUAGAUAGAUUUGA